UCUCUCUUUUCUCUAAUUAACUCAUCAGUUCAAUCAUGAUCCAUGAGAAGGGCUUCAAUCUUAUGACUGGUGCAAUAUCAAACACAACAAUGGAGAAACCUGCAGAUAAGAGAUCAGAAGAUAUGAAGAACAAGAGCAAUAAUAAUAUUAAUCUUGAUCAUCAAAAAGUAAUCCUGAAGUGUCCUAGAUGUGAUUCAUUAAACACAAAAUUCUGCUAUUACAACAAUUACAGUCUCUCCCAACCAAGACACUUGUGCAGGGACUGCAAAAGAUACUGGACCAGAGGAGGCAUCUUGAGAAAUGUCCCCCAUGGGUCUGCCACUUGCAAAAACAAGAACAAGAACAAGAACAACAAGAAAUUCCUCAACAAACCUCCACAAACCUUAUCAUCAUCUGUUCAAAUCUUGGAUCCUAAUGCUGCUGUUCUUUAUGGUUUACCCACGAAUCAUGUCAUGAGAGGAGACACUAGCUGGAGAAGGGUUCCAAAACCAGAUCAACCCAUCAAUAUCUGAUCUCUACUGGAAUAAUACAACUUGGCUUGACCAUUCUUCUUCUUCUUCUUCAGCUAUUCAUGAUUACUCAGCCCCAUCUCUAAUUUAGCAUUAUCAGCAUUCCUCAUUUCAUUGAUGCUGUCAAUCUUGGAUCUAUGUUUGUAAAAUUAGUUGGGGAUAAGCUCAUGUGUCAAAUGUUUUGAUUGACAGAGCAUAUCAUGUAACAAAGAUUCAUUUUUUCUUUCUUUGAUAUUUGGGUUAUGAUAAGAGAUUGAUUGGUUGUAUUAUUAUGAUCAUGAUAUGAGUUGAACAAUCAAUUAAAUAAGAUAUUAGUAGUUUGAUUUG